AUGUCCGAGCAGGUCUCCACCCAGGGUACCGCAGAAAAAUUCGAGCCAUCCAGUAUAUUUGGCCAAAAGAACAACGAUUUUACAAACAUCAUGAACAUGGCUCAAUUGGUUAUGCGACCCGAUAUGGCCAAACAACUCGAACAAUUUCAGGCCCAAUUUGGCGUGACAUCACCGUUGUUAGUGAAGCCAUCGGUACCAUUUGAUAGUCCAUUUGCAAUUGCAUCACUUACAAAAGUGGACAAUAAGGAGGAACGGCGAGAGGAAAAGCCAGUUAUGCACGAUGCUGCUCCGUCAGUAUCGGAACAACGAGAUUCGUUGAAUAUCUCGGACGAUGGUGGUGAGAGUCCUGAUGAAAAUGGCAAACGAAAACAGCGAAGGUAUCGGACGACAUUCAGUGCCUAUCAAUUGGAUGAACUUGAAAAAGUCUUCGCACGUACACACUAUCCCGAUGUUUUCACAAGGUUUGAAUUUCUACGUGUUUUUUUUGUUUUCCUACGGUAUGAAAAGUUGUGUUCACUAUCUUGUUACUACCGUUGA